ACAUUUUGCGUUUGGCUGCACAGCAGGGCAGGGCCACACAGCCACUGAAGAGCUGCCGCAGCAGGACAUGAUGGUGCUUUGAGGACUACUCUACCAUGCAGUCCACCAUGAAUUUCAAUGGACUGCAGCGCCAGGGCAGCCAAGAGAAUUACAUUCUGGAUAAUACUCUGAGGAAGAAAUGCUCCCUGUGGUACAGGCGCUCACUGAAGGGAAACAAUGAUCGACACCGGCAGAGCACAGGCUCCCUGCCCAGAGUCUGCAAGCCGAAACAAACCCACUCCAACUCACUGGUUGAUUACUCUGACCCACAAAGGAUCACAAUUGUACUGGAAAAACAAGACAAUGAAACAUUUGGUUUUGAAAUUCAGACCUACGGCUUGAAGCUGAAGGACAGCUCUGCAGUGGAGAUGUGCACGUUUGUGUGUAAGGUGCAGGAGGACAGCGCUGCAGAGAGUGCAGGCCUCACCGCAGGAGACAUUAUCGUCACAAUCAACGGGGUCAGCAUCGAAGGAUCGUCUCAUCAGCACAUCCUCGAUCUGAUAAAAGAAUCAACCAACAGUCUAAAGAUGGAGACUGUAUGUGGGAAUGUAGUGAAGCAGAUAGAGCUAGAGAAGAGGAUGAACCUGCUCAAGCAAUCACUACGCGAGAAAUUGGUGGAGCUGCAAGCGCUUACAGUACAGGAAAGACGCCUAACGCGAGGUAACUUGAACAACAGCGGCCUCCACCUCCCCGCGGACUGUUCGGCUGUCCUGAGCUCCCCCAUGGGCCGCUGUGGCCGGCGUUUCUCCAGCGACAGCAGCUACAGGAGCGGGAUGACUGACGACAGCGAUCAGGCCAGUGUGUUUGGAGAUCUGAGCUCCCCCAGCCCCUUCAGUGCAGCUAGCACCUCAGACGAUGCCUGCUUCUUCUCCAGAGACUUCCCCUCGCAGGACAGCUCCGGACGGUUUUCCUCAAGCAGCAGCCACCACCAUCAAUCCCUCGCCCGCUCCAGCAGCUCCAGUUUGGCCGGCAGCAGCGGAUCCCUCUCGCCUUCCUGGGAGGAAACAAGGAUCUCCUCCUUGUUCGGUACCCUGCCCCGUAAAAGCAGGAGAGCCAGUGUUCGCAAGCACAUCUUCAGGUUAAUUCCUGGACUCCAGCGGUCAGUUGAGGAGGAGGAGAUGGGGACAAACGCUCACUGAAGGGCUGUUCACGUACUCUUUGUACUCAGUGAUAAGUUACCAAGGUUUCUCCUGCUGUGAACAAGAUUCAGAGACAAAUAGACACUGUAAUGAAGUGCUUACCCAUAGCUAACAGGCUGGGUUAGCUCUUGAAAAAUAAUAAUAGGGGUCUGCUUUUAUGGGGGCACAGAGAGGACACAUUGUGGCACUUGGCAUUAAGAUAAUGUCAAAGCUUAUGCAGGAGGGUCUUCAGCCUUUAAGGUGAGCCUGGCUCACUGUUUGGCUUCACUGGUGGUGCACAAAAGCAUUAUGAAAAUGUAAAAUGUUCUUCCUUUGAACAAGUGAUUGAAUGAAUGUACAUACAAGAUGAGUGUGAUCAGCAUUAAUCAUAUCAGCCUGAACUGCUGCAGCAGUUUAAAAAGAGACGACCGUGACCUGAAAUACAUGAGAACCAUCAUCACCAUUCAUUUUUCAAGCAGCAGGACUUCUGUCACGUUCAGGUGCUGAAAACCAAAACGAAACCUCUGCUCUGUAUAGCCGGCUGCUCAGCUCAAAACAGGAUGUGGGUACGAGAGGUACUACUUAACUGUUUUCAUUUCCAAAAUGACUUUCAGGCUGUAUACAACUUACUUGCGUUGCACGCUCAGAAACACUGAAACUGUUUCUUGUCUGAAUCAACUGAAAUUUGAAUGUUUCACUUUCAGUAGCAAGAAAAUACCACUUUUACGAGGCUGUCAGGCUUUAUUUUUUGGUAUAAAUCCAGAUUAUAUGUUUGCAAAAAUAAAUAAACUUGUGAAGUCUUA